AUGUCUUCUCAGGAGGUCACACAAACGAGCAAGCCCAUCAUGCCCGAAUACAAGUGCGAACUCUUCCACCUUCCGCAAGAACUUCAGGACCAAAUCUUCGACGACGUGAUUGACGACGCUGAGAUCGUCUUCUGUCACCCACAAGGAAGCGCAAUGUCGAACAGCAAAGUCCUCAUCGUCUGCCAACAGUUUCACGCCAAUUACAGAAGCGCGCUUCGGCGCCGCGGCGACAAGUUCCCCAACCAUCGCAUCUCCGUCGACUUCCAGCUCUGCGGCAAGGUGUCCACCACUCCACUUCCAACCGUGAACAUCAAUCUGCCUACAUGCGCCACUGGUCUACACGUCCACGUCCAGGUCACGAAGUCUGGGGUCCUCUGCACUGGCGGAACCAGCUCAACUCUCGUCUCCGGCCUGCACGACAUCGGAGCUGAAGUCUACAUCGUUGCGCCAACCACAAUCACGAUGGCCGACACACCGCACCCCCUGUUCCGCCUUCCGGCGGAGCUCUACGACGAAGUCUUCGACAGGAUGGUCGAGAACGACGACAUCAUCUACUGCCACACGAAGCAGCGCGCCCUGUCCACUGCGAACAUCCUCCUCGCCAACAAACAGCUCUCCAAUCACUACCGGGCUGCGCUCGAGCGCCGCAAGAAGAACUUUGCUGUUCAUCGCGCGGCUGUCAAAAUCGAAGUCUUGCAUGGAAAAUGGGGCUCCAUGGUCCGGACACUCGUUGAAGGACGGAACACGGCCCCACCAAAGAAUGAAUGCAUUGAUCUCACAUUGUCAGACUGCAUAACGGCUCUCCAUCUCAACGUCAGAGUGCAUGUGCAAGGCGCCUUCAGCAACAACAUUGGCAUUGCAGCCCUCCUUGACUCCGUCGACAUCGCCGCACCACUCAAGCCCAUCAUCCACGGCGUCAACCUGGAACGUAUUCUUCUCGAGCUCGAAGUGACCGGCGGUGGAAUUCUCUACAAAGACCUGGUGACCAAACAUCUGGCGGCUCGAGCGUACUUGCAAGUUAGAGCCAGACUGAACAAGCUGGAUUGGAUGGGAGAGCAGAAGAGGGACAACAAGCUGAUUCACGGCGGAUUCAUCGCACACGAUGCCACUGGGUUCAUGGUGCAGCCAGAGGCUCUCAAUCCUUCUGAGUAUCACCGGACAGGGCUCUUCACGGCAGAUGAGCCUCCCUACAAACCUGCAAGAGCGCUUCUGGACUUCUUUCGUGCCAAGGGUCGUAUCAUCAAGGCGUUCAAGAAGGGUAUUGGAUACCAGCCUGGCGAGAAACAGUACGCCUUGCAUUACGCAACAUUUGCAGAUGCUCUGUCGCAAGGACAUGUGCGCCUCUUAUUGCCAUACUUCUUCCUCAAACCGGUUCGCAGCAAGAUCUGGGAAUGUCGAUUCAUGUGUGGUCUGCCCCGCGACCGUGUGCUGGCCUGUCUCCGAAUGCCCACACGAAUGAAGCAGGACCAGUCCGGCCGCGAAACCAUUGAAGCAAGGCGUGAAACAGAUCAGCUGCCGUCCAAAAAUACCCUGGAUUCAUCGACAUCUUGCAGUAUGGCCUCAACGCUCAACACUGCUCGUGUCACCCAGCCGACAACUGCAUCCGGUCCGCUAUUCCAUCUCCAUCAAGAACUUCGCGACAUGAUCUUCGACAUGGUCGCAGCCGAAGACGAAGCCGUCUACUGUCAUACGAAACGCACACCGAUGACGGUUUGCGGUCUGAUACUUCUUGACAGGCGUAGCAGUCGCGAGUUCAAGACCGCUCUCUAUCAACGCCGGGACCAAUUCAAGAACCAUCGCAUCACUGUCGACUACGAGUUGCCCACCGGUGACUUCCCGCAAGAGCUCCCAACCGUCGACUUCACCCUGCCUGCCUGCGCUACCGGCUUACAUCUCUCCUCGAAGAUCGACAAACAUGGCAUCUUCAGCAAAGCCGACGAUCAUAUUGAUCCCUACUACUUCGACGCUGACGAGUACUCUCACCUCCGCAUCUUCGCACGCACCAUCAAGGCGGCUUUCAACCGCCCCAAGCUCGAAAAGCUCCUUCUUGAAGUCGCGAUCUCAGACCCGAGUGUGACCGGAGAAUGGAAGAGUCGCCAUAUCUACGCUGCCAAGGAUGUGUAUCGCCAGAUCAUGAAGGACCUCGACACUAUAGUGCGGGACAAGUGCAAAACACACGUGGCUUUGAUUAUGCACGACUCCACUGGCUUCCUGGCUCGCCGCCGGGGAAAUUCCGCCGCAAAAUUGCGCCAUGGGCCAUUGUGGACUCGUGACUACCAGCUCAAGAAGCUUUGUGGAGCAAGAGUCAGAAUGCUGAGCACGAACAUUACCAAGCUAUCUUGCGGAAGGUGGGGACACGAGAAGUACGAGGCGGCCGUCACGCAAGGUACCCGCACUCGAGAGAUCAGCUACAGAAUCAUACUGAGACUGACCGUCAGCAGUAUGCCGAAGCGAAAGAAGCAAGGGCAAGCUGGCCGCGAUGCGAUCAGAAUGAAGCGCGAAAUGACGGCGGCCCUCGUCCAAUCCUCCAGUGAUGAGACCGCUCCAGUGUCGGGAGGCCUGCUCGAGGAGCCUCAUUUCAAGAAUCUUGCGGCCACUGAAACCAGCGCUCCAUCACUGGGCGUUCAACCCAAGGCCUCACCGCUGGAGACUCCGUCCAACAUCGAGAAGAGCGCUUUGGCGACAUACAACGAGCUCAAGAAAUCCGCUCCCGACGCACCACCCACCACCGACCGCAGCCUAAAGGUAAAGAAGCACACGACAGAGAACAACCACUUUCAAGCCCCGACCAAGAAGGAUGCUGCAAUAUCAGGCGGCCGGCUUCAAGAUCCUCCUCUGGACGCUCCGCCCGUCGUCAACAGCAACACUUCGUCUGCCACACUUCUCGGCGUGCCUCAAGAAUUGCGAGACACCAUCUUCGACAUGGUCGCCCUCAACGACAGCGCAGUCUUCUGCCGCAACACCGAAACCCAGACCUCGAAAUGCGGCCUCCUUCUCAGCGACAAGAAAAGCAACCGAGACUACACUGCCGCCCUGCGUCGCCGCCAUGAUCAGUUUCCAAAUCAUCGUAUGACCAUCCGCUUUAACUUGGCCGGCGCCGACUUCACCAAGGACCUACCAACCAUCGACUUUGCCCUUCCGCCCUGCGUUACUGGCUUGCACCUGUUUCUCCAAGUAGAGAAGCGUGGUCUCUUCACGGAUGAGGAGGUCUGCCUUGACCCAUACUGCGACUAUGAUCACGAAGGCGUAGAAUGCCUGUGCAAUAUCGCUGAGCCGAUCAAGGCUUCGGUAAUACGGCCAAACCUCAAGCACCUCGUGUUUGAAGUCCAAGUCAUCGACCCUGGCGUCGUGGGGACUUGGCAGAGUCGCCACAUCCGUCGGGCGCGAGAUGUGUACAAGCGAAUCUUGCAUGAUUUGGAUCUCAUACAAUGGGAAUCAAAUGACUCCGGCGACAGGGUGAUCCGCCACGGUGCGGUCAUCAUGCAUAACGGCAAAGGAGCCCUUCACCGCAUGAACGACAGCCAGGGAUCUGUGGGGGCAUACAUGUCGCCCGGCACACUGUGGACUCGCCGCACGGUGUUCAAGAAACGAGCUGUGGCCCUUUUGGACAUGUUCCACGCGACCGCCAGAGUUCAGAAAGGCGUACACGAUGGUCCACGGAUCAAGAGCGUUCAAGAACAAGAUCCAGAGUUCAGCGACUCGGACUUCAGCGAGCAUGACUUGACGCCGUGGAGCGAGGAUGAGUCCGACGCCAAGGAGGAGCAUGAAGAGACGAAGCGGUUGCGUUCUCGGUAUCGCAGCUCACACCCACUCACAGAAGUGGCGACGGCGCAGGACAUCCUUGAGUCCCGGAGAGCUCUGUGGGCAAUGGAGCAAGCCAAAGUAACGCUCACGGCGCCUAUACGGGUCAAUGUGAGAGGGAGGAUUCUGCGAUUCUCUUGUCGCCUUUCUCGCAUGGAGCGUAACGGACAGUUCAUGAACCACCGAGCCUCCGUCUGCCAUGAUCUUACGGACCUUAACGACUUUGUGAAUCUACAGAAGGUCGAGCUUAAUCUGCCUGCGUGCACCACUGGGCUCAACAUUCUGCUUCGCAUCGAGAAGGCAGGAAUCCUCAGCGAGCACCAGCGGGGCUACAAUGGACGAAGCUACCGCUUCGCUCGUACCUUGAAGGACGUCGUCGAUAACCCUAGAUUCCACCAUCUGCUGAUCGAAGUCAUCGUCGUCGAUCCGAGCACGCCGCCAGAGCAGGAAGAGUGGUCACACCAGAACAUCCGCUUCGCGCAGAAGGUUUAUCAAUCCAUCAAGGAGGAUCUGGACGAUUUGAAAUGGUGCUACAGGGAGGACACCAAUAUCCGUCACGGCGCUCUUGUGAUGUACAACGCCACCGGAUAUCUCGUGCGCCCGCUCGUGAGGUCCGAGUUCACUGGUUACCAACGGACUCUUUGGACACGGCGGAAUGUCUUCAAAAAACGUGCUUUGGAACUCUUUGACAUGUUUCACGCCACCGGGCGUAUCCAGCGGAACAUCCGCGAGGGCCCUCGGAUGAAUUCGGCCGCUGAACAACCGGAGCUGGACAUUAGCGAUUCCGAUUGGAGCGAAUGCUACGCUCUCGCGUCAGAUGACAAUGAUCAGCCGCUGGUCGUCCAGCCGUACUACCUACUGAGAGCAAGACGUUUCGGCGGCUUUCCACCACCGUCCAGCAUGCCACGAAAAGCAAAACCUGGUCAGGCUGGCCGCGAUGCCAUCAAGGCAAGGCGAGAUGCGGCGAAGGCACUUCAAACCACUCAUUCUCCACUUCAGGCUCUGGCUCAGGAACUUCGCGACAUGAUCUUCGAGUUCGUCGUGACCGACGACAAUGCUGUUUAUUGCCAUACCAAGCAGAGGUCAUUCACUCACUGUGGCCUCAUUCUUGUCGACACGGCGACCAGUCAUGAAUACAGAGCUAUACUCGACCAACGCAAGGAUCAACUCAAGAAUCAUCGCAUCACACUCUACCACAACUUAGACCCGACCACGCCGACUCCAGAAGACGAGGAGUUCGAAUACCUCGGAGAGGACCUACCCAAUGUGGAUUUGAAGCUGCCUUCCUGUGCUACUGGUCUGCAUGUCCUGCUCCGAGUCGAGAAGACUGGCGUCCUGAGCGAGUCAGGGCCCUAUCACUACGAGACCCGCCACGGCUUCCCGGACAUCAGUCAGACCUUCGACGCUGUCAUCGCAGACUCCGAAAUCGAACGCCUCCUCAUCGAAGUAGAAAUUAUCGACUCGGAGAACGUUGGAGAGUGGAACAGCCGCAAUAUUCGCCUGGCUCAUGCCGUAUACAAGCUUCUCAGAUCCGACAUGAACGGACAAGAGUGGACAUGGCAGUUUGGGAACGGUGCCGGAUCCACGAUCCAACAUGCUGCGCUGAUCAUGCAUAACGCAACUGGUUUCUUGGUCCGCCGGGACGGUGCCACUUGGUUGGUAAGAGGAACUCUUUGGACACGUCGCACAGUUUUCAAGAAGCGCGCGUCAGCAUUGCUCGGCUCGUUCAACGCUACCGAUCGUGUUCAAAAGGCGAUCAAAAACGGACCACGCAUCAGAUCUGUAGAGGAGAGGGAGGAUCCCGAGACUGACUCGGACUGGGAUGAGAAUAACGAGGUGCCGUGGAGUGAUGGCGAGAAGGAAGAACAGAAAGAGUACAUUGACACGAAGCGGAGGGUUGGACGAAUCGGCACGAGCUUCGACGACCCGGUCUAUCGUCGAUACUAG